UUUCGUCCCGACCUUAGCGACUCAGGAAAUGAUCAUAAUCUAUCACCCACCACCACUAGUAUUGUGCCAGUCUUCAAACGUUCAUGUAUCCGAAUGGAGGCUAUCGAUGACCCAGCGCUUUCCCCGACACAUUUUAGUAGACGGUUUUCUCUUAUUCUGGGCAACUGGUUUAGACGCCUUUCAAGUCCUGCCAUUCCCAAUGGUUUCUUUACACGGGCUCCAGAACGCCCACGAUCGAUCGUUAAUCAUUUGCCGCAUCUCAUCAUGGACAAUUCUCCUUUGACGAUUGGUUCGGCCAAGACGACUUGCCAUUGGUUUCAUAUGGACGACGUACUACAGCCAAUUGAUCCGCAAUCUUCCACGAUAAAUAGUCGAUACCAGCCCGAACCAUCAACAAGUGACAGCGUACACCCCCCUCGUAAAGGAAGGCUUUUGUUUACUGCAAAGAACUACUGCGCUGUGCUUUGCAACAAUUUGGAAGCAAUUCAUACGACGAUUCAUUCCGUGAGCCUGUGGGUGGAUGCCGAGGGAAUACCUCAUAGAUUUCUCACUAUGCAUGCAAUUCGUCUUCCCGGACUCGAAUACUAUAUUCGACUUGACAGGCGCCGGGCUCACAAUCAGCCGUCUGUCGCUAUAUCAAGUCCGUCCGAGGCAAACGACGAGGUCACGCUUUCGAGAGAACUUGACCACUUGCUUGUCGGUAAACCCGUCAAAGAGUUGUCAAGAAUAAUCUUCCCAGUCUCGCCAACACUUCAGGAUGUCAAUAUGAUUCUUCAAGCUGUCUGUGAAUCAUAUCCUCAUUAUGUACUCUAUGCUGUUAGUCUGGCCCUGCCACCUCACUGGUACCUCCCUGUACUACGUCCUUUUGCUGAUAUUUCCCCACUGACUAGGAGAAUUGUUGGUGGUGUUUAUGUGGUGCCCUCUCCUCUAUAUCGGGCAGCCGGGAACGACGAGAGGAUUGCUAUCAGGUUGAGGGAGCUCUGGGAUUCAGUGGGAAGUAAUUGGUCCAGAUAAAUGUGGCACCUAAGGCAAUGCCCAUUUAGCACCCGUUCGCUGUCUGAACGUCGAACCUUUCGUGAGCUUGAUCCACUGAAAUCUUCUACUUUCUCUUCUACUUUUGCGUCUCUUUGUCCUGGGCGUGCUUCAUCCAAUGCCUUUUGUGGCCAUG